AUGUCGACUGCUCCACGCGGUGGUCCAGCACUGGUGGACCUCGAAAAGGAACUGGUCUGUUCGAUCUGUACCGAAUUGCUCUACCAACCCCUCACCCUCCUCGACUGCCUCCAUACAUUCUGCGGCUCAUGUUUGAAAGAAUGGUUCUCUGCUCAAGGCUCCCGUCCCCGAUCCUCUAGAUCCUCUCCACGAUUCACUUGCCCGUCAUGUCGUGCCGUCGUUCGCGAAACUCGCCCCAAUGCCACCGUUACUACAUUACUGGAUAUGAUCCUGGCGGCAAGUCCUGACCGCGUCAAGUCGGAUGCUGAGAAGGAGGAGAUUGCCGAGAAAUAUAAACCCGGGGAUUCGGUUUUUCCUACGGCAGCUCCCCAGGUCGACAGUUCUGUUGAGUCGGAUGAAGAUGAUAGAAGGUUAUUGGAGGAGGUUCGGGAGUUGAGUCUUCAGGAUAGUACGCGGCCACGGGGCCAAAAUCAUAGGGCAAGACAUUCAUCAAGAACCCGCCAUGUGGAGAGCACCGAUUCCGAUGGACGAUCCAGACGACGACGUGAUGAGGACCGGACACGGCGACAAGGUCAGCAACGACCCGCAGAGAAUGCUUCGGAGCGCACGAGACGUGUCGAACAUCAGUCAAGUCUACGGUCAUUACUGAGUUUGUCCGAUGCUGAAACUAUGGAGGAGGAAAUUCUACGGCAAAUCAUCGAGGAAGGGCUGCUCGAUGAUAUCGACAUGGAGAACCUUGGACCUAGACAAGAGGAAGAGCUGAGUGAGCGCAUCGCUGAUGCUUAUCGUCGACGACAUAGAAUGCGCUCGCGAUCGCAGCAGCGGCAGGAGACACAGGCAGCCCCUCCUACGUCGUCAAGCCACUCUCGCACUCGGUCGCAAUCAGUACAGAGACCUCCGCCCGCAUCUACUCGUGAAUCACCAAGAAACCCCCCAGUUUCAAGGCCGUACCUACUUGAACCUCUGGUACAGCGCCCUGGGCACUCGGGCCAUCAGAGACGAUUAUCCGAACAAGGAAGCAGCCGUCGGAGAACAUCCCCCGUGCCGGUUAACCCUGCAUCUUCAUCGGAGGUGGCUCUGAGGCCUGCUACGAGAUCAUCCAGUGAUAUGACAUCUGAGCGUGCUCGUAGUUCCCAGAAUGGACGAGUCAGGACCUCAGAAUCUACUCCUACAAGACCAAGGAGAGCCACGGAAUCUGAGCAAGGCAUCCCGCAUAUAUGGACAGGAUCUAGAGAACGGACAGGCAGGUCAUCUGCGAAUUCCCCAACGGCGCUCGCUUCGCCAAUGCUUCGUAGUGUGCAUACUUCGAUUCCACUUCGCCCAGGGCACAGUGCAUCUGCAUCAAAUGCUUCGCUGGCCUCUCCAUCUUUUCCACCUGGAGCUACCCAGAAUGGACGAUCUAGGACGUCUUCAUGGUCAAAUGCCUCUCAACCCCCAGCGUUGUAUGCCGAACCAUCAAUCUCAUGCGAUCGAUGCGGUGGUCAGAACAUUCAGUAUGACCUUCAUAAAAAGUGUUCAGAAUGCAAGGAUGGAAAUUACCAUCUCUGCAUGCGUUGCUAUCGCUUGGGACGAGGCUGUUUGCAAUGGGUUGGUUUUGCCCCCUCUGCAGACGCAAAUUUUGAAAGGAUGCUUGCUUCCUCGACCAAUGGAUCGACACCGGCGCAUGUCACGCCGCAUAUUCUCUUCUCAUUCAAAUAUCAACGACCAUCAGAGACAGCGCGUGUUGCAAAUGAAGACAGACAAAUGACAAGUGAUGAUCCGGCUCGGAGGUUACAAGCAGGGCUCUUCUGCGACAUCUGUCAGUCCACAGCCAAUGAUUGCUUCUGGAAAUGCAACCAGUGCAACGAAGGAGAUUGGGGAUUCUGCAAUGGCUGUGUGAACCAAGGAAAAUGCUGCACCCAUGCACUUCUACCAAUAUGCCGCAUUACGCCUGAUGAUCAUCCAAACCCUCCACACUCAGCAAAUACACCCGACGUAUCCUCAACCGACAGAGAAACAUUCAAGAUCCUCUCCUUCUCCACCCAGUGCGAUAUCUGCACUUAUCCAAUCCCCGCAUCGACUACCCGCUUCCACUGCCUAGAAUGCAACGACGGCGACUACGACAUGUGCACAAACUGCUACCUGAAACUCGGAGCAACCGGGAAAAUCAGCAAAGAAAACGGCCACAACGGCUGGCGUCGCUGCCCCAAGGGACACCGAAUGAUCAUCAUCGGCUUCGAAGACCACGAAGAAGGCCAGAGAAGAGUCAUCGUCCGUGACCUCGUCGGCGGCCGCGCCCUGAAAGACGAACACGUCCUCCCAUCCCCCACCGUCCACACCUUCCCCACCGCAACACCCUCUCCCGAGGUCGGAACUGGCGACUGGAGCUGGAAAGAAGGAACCGAACGUCGCAAAAAGGCCUCCAGGACCCGAACCCCUUGGACGGCGAACGGUGACCGCGAUCGUACCAACACCCCCGAACCAGCCCCCACAACUCCAAUCCAGUCCAGCUUUCGCCGUUUCCCGCCUGAUGGCGGUGUCGGGCUAACAGCUCACGCGCUGUGGUCGUGGUAUCCCGAUGCCGGGGUCGAAGAUGAACUCAUGUUUCCGCGCGGCGCGGAAAUCACCGAGGCGGAGAAUAUCAACGAUGAUUGGUAUUGGGGGUGUUAUGCUGGUCUUACGGGUCUUUUUCCUGGAGCGCAUGUUAGUAUUGUUGGGGAGAUUGCUUAG